UGUGUGUGUGUGUGUGUGUGCAUUGGUUUCCUUGUGAUCACUGAGGUUGGUUAGCUGCUGUUGUAACAUGCCAAAGAAAGGUUUGUAAUGGUAAUCCAGAUGAAACGUGGAGGGGGAGGGUUUUUUUUCUUUCCAUGCAGCAGAGGAGGAACAGCUAAACUGAGUCAAACCAUCGAGGCGAUGAGCUAAAAUGAAAGCGGGGAGUUAAGUUAAGAAAAAAGAAAGGAAAGAAAAAAAAAUGGUGGCAGCAUGAAAACAAGCCAGGCUGGUCCAACGAAUUCACAGAUCAAUAGUGAUUGAUCACAUCAUGUUAAAAUGUUGACUCGUGUCCUUGUGGGAUGAUGGAUGAAUCAAAGACAAGAGGAAAGUGAUCUUCUAACCGAGCCCAAACUUAAAUAGUCGAAACCUGAAAUAACUUCAAAUAUAGCUACAUUAUUUUAUUCAUAAUUUUCUAUUAUCAUUUUAUUUACAAACAUGGUGGCACAAAACACACUAAUGCACGUCACUGUCAACCAAAGUUAAAACAAAAUAUAAAAUUGUAAUAUACAUGGCCUAUAAUAUAAAUAAAUUAAAAAAAAUGCAAAUAUUUGAUUUAUUUAUAGAGUUUAUAUUUGUACUUUUGGUAAAUGAAUGAAUAGAUUGUAUAGAUGUCGACCUUCAUAAUUUAUAAGUUUAUAUAUUGGUACAUGUACAAAUUUGAGGAGAUUAACUUUGAAAUUAUCUUAACAAUUUAGCAGCCUGUUUUGUUUUUUCUGAAUUGAAGCAGCAGCUCCACCUCUGUGGAACUACACACCGUGUGACCUGUCUAUUUCAACGCAACUACCACGACGACCCCUUGUGGACCCGUAAAACUCGUGUAUAUGUAAACCUAAACAUGACACAACUGGGAGCAUUAACCAUGCUAAAUCACAGAAAUGAUGACAGCACAGAUCAGAGAGAAACAGGCUCCAUAUCAGAGCUUUAAAUUUAAAUAAAACUUAUGUUACAAUCUAAAACCAAACAUACACCUGAAGCCAGGAGGAAAUGGCUGUAGACCUACAAGAUAUUAAAAGGGAGAAAUUUAAAUAUUUGACUUUUUCUAUAAAGCCGAAUAUACGCUAUUUUAAUUUAUCGAAGCAUGUAGUCUAUUAACGUCCUUGCUUUUCCUUGUUUAGUCUACGGAUCAUUUUAACUUUGAACCAAUCAUUUCAUCUUAUUUAUUUAUUAGAAAAUUAUAUUUUAUCUAUGAAGCUGACAUGGACAAUGGCGAAAGAGAGGGGGGUUUUUCCGUGAUAUUUUUUAAUCUGCAAAAUAAUUUAUAUACAAUCAUAAUCCUGAUAUAGUUUGUCGUGUAGUUAUCCUCUAAUUUACUAUUUCCUGACGUAUAAAUAUCAUUUAAAUGAAAUAACCUGACACAUAUUUUAGUCAUUUUAACAAUAAAUCUGAGGAAAGAAAGAAGGAAAGUUACAAUGACUGACUUCGAUCCCUGAACACAUCAUCUUUACAGUGGCACAAAAUAUUUUAAAUAUAUAUAUAUAUAUAUUUUAUGGUCACUAAUACAUAUUUUAGCUCCCUCUCCUUUUACUUGGCGGGUCAGAAUUUCACACUAAAACUCUGGCAACUCCUACAGAAUAUUCUCACAAUUUUACAAAACAAAUAAAUAGAAAUUCUUUCAUCUACUUCAUAUACCCAUUUCCCUCUGGUUAAAAGCAGCAGAGCUCCACAGUCGGUUUCACUGUAAUGAAUGAGAGGGUAGAUAUUGUUGGACACGUGUCUGGAAAAGGUCAAUCAUUUCAAAAUGAAUUUUAAAUUUAAAAAACAAAUAAUUUAAAACCCAGGUUGCAUGAGGGCAUUUGUCCAUCUGUCCCCUGCUCAAAUUAAACUGUUUAGCGGACAAGGAAAACAAUCUAAUGAGGUGUCAGCAAAUCAGAUCAUUUCCAGUGGAAGGGUCAGUGCCUCCCAAGUGCUGCCUCAUAUCAUCUUGGCCGGCAGCCAAGGCGUUUGGAUCCCAGUGUGCUGGACUCCAGCCAAUAAGGUGUAACAAGCUGAUGGAUUGCAAAGAUGGCUGUCUCUUAUUCUGACUUUACUCAACGCUCUAUGAGAUUUUAAUUUAGCCGUUGAUCUGAUAUUUUAACUUUUUAUUUUUUAUUUUUCCUUUGUGAGAAUGAAAGCAAACAAUAUAAUACAUGGUUCUGGCGAUAUGUUUCUCUCAAAUAAGCGGGCUAACACAUUCAUUUUAUUCAAAGUUUGGAGUAAUAAAUACAAUUAUAAUCUCCUUCUGUUGAUCAAACUGAAUAAUAAAAAAAAUUAUAAGGAGAAAUUGAUAGUUGACUGGUUUCCAGGACGGGAAAUAUACAACAAAUAAACAAACAAACAAACAAAUACAUUUUUGCCGCAAGUUUCCCGAUCUCUCCGCCCAUUGAACUGCACAUUACACCAUCUAGACCUCUAGGGGUGUGAUAAUUUCCGGCAGCCCCUGAAAGUAGCAAGGUAAAGUUGCCGUGUGUUCUAUGAAAUGGCCUCUAGAUGUCAGUAUAAAUCUGAACUCACAGCACAGGGCGAAUCAGAGAGUCAGGUAAUCAAUAAUCAAACAGACUGGAGUCCUAACUUUACAAAAUAUCACGACAUUUUAUAUUGUGUCUGUAGUUGAGAGAUGAGACUCUGAUGAGUCAUGGUGACUUCGCCUCUGACACAAUGACAAGAUUUUAUAGCCUAACUUGAUCUCUCUCGCUGAUCUGCAGACUGUAUUUAUAUGUUUUUCCCUCUCUUUAUCUUAAAUAUAAUAUUUCUGGCUGCGCAAGGAUCCGCAGCCACUCGUCAGAAGAGUCCCGCCUCUCUAAUAUCCAAAAUGCGCUGUUUAAAUAAGCAACCAACCAACCACGGAGGCUGGAAGAUCCAUCUGACAUUACCAGAGAGCAUCACGCUGCAUCUUGACGCUGGUCAUCUGCCGGGUGUCGGGCGGAUGGUAUCAGCUCCUGGGCGGGACAACACAGCCAGCUGGCGGCGUUAAGACACUUGUGUGUGUGUGUGUGUGUGUGUGUGAGAGAGAGAGAGAGAGAGAGAGAGCGAGAGAGAGCGAGUGGAGAGAUCAGUGUAACGCGUCUUCGGGAACAUCACCGGGACUGUUCGUUCUGGCACCAGCAGUUCCUCCAGGAGCAGAGGGUGGGAGACACAUUAACAGACAGAGCAAGCGCUUUGCUUGCUUGGAAGUGAGUUUCUGUUGCGGUGAUCCCUCACAGGCUGCAGCUCAGCAGAAUGCGAAACAUGAAGCUGCAGAACAAAGUUAAAAAUCCCACCGCUAACUGCGUCAAGUAGUCUGCUGCGACUGGACUGCAAUCAUGUAGCCGCUUUCUGGCUGUGAAAUCAGAAGGAUGUGCACAUUUAUGUAGAUGUCAUGCAGGGCAUUAUGAAGAGAAGCUCAUAGGCUGUGAGGUGAAGUCUCGGUUCGGGGAAAGCAGAAACAGGACACAGAGAGGUUUAUUUGCGCUCCCGGUCCCGUUCACGCCGCCUGCAACUCCUGCCACUCCAGCCCAACAUGGCACGGCUUCGGAGGAAAGCGUGUGUAGCUCUGUUUCUCUUUACGCUAUUCAUCUUUGGGACCAUGAUGGGAUUGAGGACCCUGAAGCCUAGUGACGGUUUCUCGGAUCUGGCUCCGGGCUUGGAGCUCCUGCCGAUGAUAGGGGGAAAGAUGGACCGGCGUUCCGUGGCUCGUGACGCCACCGCGUCCCCGGGUCAAGCCCGCCCGGCUGGCAGCAACACCAAGGCAGUUUUGUCCAACUCCGGACCCGAGGGGAGCGUAUUUUAUGAUGUCCACAUUUUUUACUACAUCUGGUACGGCAACCCACACAUGGACGGCAAGUACAUCCACUGGGACCACAUCCUGGUGCCACACUGGGACCCCAAAAUCGCAUCCAGCUACCCGAGAGGGCGACACAUGCCACCUGAAGACAUCGGCUCCAGUUUCUACCCCGAACUAAAUCCGUACAGCUCCAGGGACCCGGACGUGUUGGAGUCCCACAUGGAACAGAUCGGAGCAUCUGCAGCAGGGGUUCUGGUUGUGUCCUGGUAUCCUCCCGGUCUGGCUGACGACAAUGGGGAACCCGCUGAGGAUUUGGUACCAGCUGUACUGGAUGCUGCAUAUAGACACAACCUCAAGGUUGCAUUUCACAUCCAACCAUACAGAGGACGGAACGACCAGAGUGUGCAUGAAAACAUCAAGUAUAUCAUUGACAGGUAUGGUGACCAUGGAGCCUUCUACAAGUUCACCACCAGCACAGGGAAGAGUCUUCCUCUGUUUUACAUCUACGACUCCUACCUAACUCCUCCAGAGUCCUGGGCUGAAUUUUUAACUCCCACCGGCUCCCACAGCGUGCGCGGCUCAGCUUAUGACUCCAUCUUCAUCGCCCUGAUUGUGGAGGAGCGCCACAAGCACGACAUCCUUGCAGGUGGCUUUGAUGGCAUGUACACUUAUUUUGCGUCCAACGGCUUCUCAUUUGGCUCUUCCCACCAGAACUGGAAGGCCAUCAAAGCUUUCUGUGACGGCAACAAUCUCCUCUUCAUCCCCAGCGUGGGACCUGGUUAUAUAGACACCAGCAUACGGCCAUGGAACAACCACAACACACGCAACCGAGUGAACGGUCGUUACUACGAGACAGCCCUGCAGGCGGCACUCAAUGUGAGGCCAGAGAUGGUCACCAUCACAUCUUUUAACGAAUGGCACGAGGGGACUCAGAUAGAGAGAGCGAUGCCUAAAAAGACAGUGACCCGCGUGUACUUGGACUAUCAGCCACAUGGACCUGAUCACUACUUGGAGCUGACCCGACGCUGGGCGGAGCAGUUCAACAAAGAGAAGGAGCAGUGGCUCAUGUGAGCUUUCAUUAAACUAACUUGAAACAACAUGAUCUAGUGGAUAUGUGUGUACACAUCAAAGAUAACAAAGGAGAGGGGAGUCAAUGUAGAGACUGAUCAGUGGAGAUGUUAGUACACGGACAUGCUUUUACCUCCCGGAUCUGGGAGCUCCUGAAAGUGUGUGUUCAAGAUUGCACACACGCUCAUCUGCAAGAACAGGACUGUGUUGACUUGAGUAAAGCAGCAUUAACGGGUCGGUCUGGGGAAUUUUGCUCCAACUUUUAUUGACAGGUCAGACUUCUAAAAUGCCCUGUAGGCCAAUCUCUCCUAUCUUUUUUCACUGAUUACAACUUGUUUCACAAUUAGCUCAAACACUCCCACUAUCAGAAAAACUACUGCCUGACAUAUUAAUAAAUGCUAUGUGUCACCAUGUAAAGUCCUCAUUCCCCACUAACAUUAAAUAGAGCUGAUUGCAAUGGCAACAGCAGGACACAUCUAUGGUUUUUCAACAAGAGGUUCUUAAACAGAAUGAGUUGAAUGUUAGUCUUGUCUUUGCCUGUGUUCAGAGAGCUUGUUAAAAUGGUGAUGACAUGGCAUUAAAAGAAGAGUGGUGUUAUUGCAGCCAUAAUAAAAAAAACCCAUAUCCUCAACAUGAGUCUCCUGAAAUUAAAGGAACAGCUCAGCAUUUUGGGAAAUAUUUUUAUUUGCUUUCUGGCAAACACUUGGCUGAGAAGAUCGAAACCUCUCUCAUGUCUGUCUUAGCAGAAAAACUGGAAAUGGGGGGAAAUAGCUAGUCUGAUUCUGUCUAACGGUAACAACAUCCACUCACCAGCACCUUUAAAACUAAUUUAUCAACACACUAUAUCUUGUUUGUUCAAUCUAUACAAAAACCAAAAUGUAAAAAUGUUUUUGUUUUGUGCUGGACUAUUUCUUGACCAGAUACAGUGAUUUUCAGGAGUCUUUGUUACCUGACAAAACUUACAGUUACUCCAAACUUCUUAUCUAACUCUCAGCAUGAAAGGGAUCAUGCUAAUUUCCCAAUAUGCUGAACUGUUGCUUUAAAAGUUUUAUUUCAAUUCAUGCAGUAUUUUAAUGGGGUUUCAGAUUGUUGUAAUUCUGUCAAAAAGGCUGCAUCUGUGAAAACCCCUCUUGGAGAAACUUCAAGAAAAGUAUAUCAGCUGGUAAAUAAACUAAAAUACCCUUUGAGUAUUUAUACAUUUAUAGCAUGCAGAUUAGCACUGCUUCUCUCCACUGUGCUAAACAACAAAGAUCUUCAGUGUCAGAGUAUGUCAGUCCAUGUCCAUGUGUCGAAGUAAACAAGUCAGACAGGUCAUUAAAGGGCAGUUACACUAAACUUGGCCAUAAGGUUCUAUUAUUAUAUUAUCAGUAUAUUAUAUUCAGAGACCUACCUGAAUUAAUCUGAUUUUGGUGUAAUUCCCUUUAAGGAAGGAAGCCAUGUUUUUUGUGGGCACACAUUACCUUCUUUCACUCAAGUAUAAACCACAGAAAGAGAAGCUGAAAGUGCUGAGGCCAGGGGUCAGUGUUUAAGAUAAAAACGGACCACUGACGGGACACUCUGCUGUAUGGAUUUGUGUGAUUUAGAUUUGAUGAAAUCCUGCUGUCUAUUAAAGUAAAAGGUACUGUCAGACAGGAAUUUUUGAGAAUAAAAGUAUGCUUUUUGUGUCUUUGGUUGAUUUUCGUGUGAAGGGCACUUCUGAGUGGUUUCUGCUCGUUUUUUUUUUUCUUUUCUUUUUUUCUAUGCAGUUAGACACUUGAUUUCACAUGCCAUUAAGAAUCAAUAAUGAGUAAAAUGUCCAGACCUAAAAAUAAAAAACAGAUGUGCAUGUCUCAAAUAGCUUUUUAUAUAUGAUGGAGAGUAAUGAUACUGAAGAAAAAAAAUGUUUUAUUGUGGCUGUGCCAAGGUUAAAGUUUAUAUCAGGCAAUGAGCAUUUUUUAAAAAUGCCUGUUUUUAACAUGCAAGUGACAAAUUUCAUACCUGAAUCCACUUGGUCCAUGUGCAAACUAACAGCUCAAAAUAUUACAGUAUUUCCCAACUUGUAAAUGUAGCUUAAUCUACAACAUAAAACAGAGUUAUUGUAACUGUUUGCUGGUGACCAAUUGUAGUGUAAGCCUCACACUAUUUAAACUGAUUAAAUCAUUUAUUUAAAAACAGUUCUGGACUCAUAAAAUUUGAUGCACAGUCAGUGCAGGUCACAGUGCUCAUAACACUUUUAACCACUAAUGAAAUAGUCACAAUAUCAGCUCAAACCAUUGUAUUCUCAGUCAAGCCACACUGAUUUGACAAUACAAAAAAAGAUAUAAAGAUUUCUGUUUAUGCAAAAAAAAAAAAAAGAUCCCAUGUUAUAGCUGACCUUGCUCUAUUUUUCUAAAUAAAUAGUAAGAACUGUGACCCUCAGUUUAAAAUCCCACAUAAACCUAUGAUAGUAGACACAUGGUAAGGCAGAAAAUAUGAUCAUUAGAAGAAGAAGAAACCCCAGACCUUAAA